GCCCCGCCCGAGGAGCCGAGGGGCCGCCGACCUCGGGUUCGGGCGCUUCCGGAGAUGCCCCGCGGGAGCAAUGGCGGUCGGAAGAGAAAAAGGACAUGGGAUACCGAAUGCAAGCUCUUCCCAGGACAGACGCCUGCAGCUUUAAGAAGAGAAGACCCCACAGCAACAGUCGCUGUCGCCUCCCUUUCUAAAGCGUGGAGAAGGUGUGGUGAAGGGUUUCAGAGCGUGGCCACCCCGCAGUCUUUAGGACAAUCUGAAAAGAAAUCCAGCACUAAGAAGUACCCAGAGCUGUCACUUACUCACAAAGAAGAAGCUUCUUCAGCUGAGAAUACAAAUGACCCUGCAGACAUUGUCUGGAGCACCAGUGGAAGUGACUUGUCCGAUGAAGAAAAUACAACUUUUUCUUUAGGGCAGAAACUAAAGCCAUCUAUAGACAAGUCUUAUACUGAGAAUGAUUUAUAUUCAGAGGGCAGGAGCAGUGAAGGUGAACCUCAGGUUAUCGACUGGGAGAAUGAUAGUGCCUGUGAAGAAGAUUCUGAUGAAUGCCAUGCCUCUGAAAACGAUGAAAGUGCAGUGGAAAUAUCCGAUUCUGAUUCCAGCGCAAAUAGCCACCCUCUGAUUAGCAGGGAGAGAAUGGUGGAACUUCCUCAGGAAGUCCAUACGGAAAUUCUAGAGUAUCCAUCAGACAGUGAAAAUUCUGAAAAAGACUCAGAGAGUGUGGUACCCAUUAAUCCUGGAUUUGCCUGCAAACUUCCUUUGGACGGGGGAGCCGAUGUGGGACAACUUCUAGGAAGAUCAGCAAGUGACUGGGUGAAAUCUGCACAGGCACUUUUGCACACACCUAAGAAACGAGCAGAUGUGGUUUCAAAGACUCCAGAAAAUUCAGCCAAAAAAAGGAAGUUACUGAGGGGGGGACUAGCUGAAAGGUUAAACCGACUGCAAAACAGAGAGCGGUCUGCCAUUAAUUUAUGGAGGCAUCAGUGUGACUCUUCCAACAAAACCCUUUCAGGUGGCAAAUCUGGAGUUUUAAUUGUGCGGAUCCUGGAGUUGUCUGAGGAAUGCACAUUGCAAGUGGCCAUCUGCGAGCAGUUAGAAACUCUGCCUGAUACAGAUUCUUCUAAAGACACAGUCCUGGAUUCUGGAGCCAGACUCAGAGUCCUGUUCACGAAGGAAACUGCAGCUCACCUCAAGGGAGGUCCACAGGAUAUCAUCCAUAUCUAUCCUCCCUGGCAAAAACUCCUUCUCCGUGAUCAAAGUCUCCCUGUUAUUAUGAAUACAUACUUUAGUCAGAAAAUGGUCUUCAAAGGAGAUACUGAAAUGGCAGCUAAAGAACACUGUCCAAAGAGAGUGCUUAUAAGAAGAAAAAUUAUGUCCUUGGCCCAUACCUUCAGAUUACAAAUCCUCUCUGAUAACCCUUCUUUGAAGUCUUCAGAACAUCAGGUACCAGGCCCUAGUGUGGCUGCUUGCAAGAUGGGCCGGGCCCAGGGCCAUCCAGAACCCAAAUGUCACAACCCAGCAACCCAGCCCCUCGUUAGCGACUCCCUUCUGGAUGUGAUAGAGAGCCAGGGAGUGGCCCGUUGGAGAGGCGUGCAAGUUCGUGUGGUGGUGCAGAGAGUGUAUUUUCUUCCUGCGAAAGGUGGAUCCAGAUGUCAAUAUGGAAACAACUCCGUCCCCUCGGCAACUCCCAUGGGGAGUUCAGAUCUACCCAGUGCUCGAUUGUGUCUUCUUGUUCAAGAUGCUUAUGGAAUGUUCUGCGAAGUGCAGUUACAAACCACCUCUUCUUCAACAGAAGACACCAUCCAGCACAGCUGGCAGUUGGAAGGGAAGUCCUGCACCCUAACAGGAAUGAAGAUUUUUCAAAGAACCACCAGAGGAAGGGCUCUGGGACUCUUUAGUUUGAUUAACAGUCUGUGGCCUCCAGUGAUGCCUCUGAAAAUUCUUGGUCAAAGUCAGGACUGUGAAGAGAUGAAAACUAAUCUUCCACCUCCCAGCUUCUGUUAUGUACUCACUGCUCCUUCUGAUCGAGGACAAGUUGAAGUAAAUGAGGAUGCUCGUGUAUCUAGCCUCUACCUGCCCCCAGCUCUACGUAGCUUGAAAGGCAUUCUUCAGGCUGGCGGCUUAGGUCAUCGUUGCAGUUUUCAGGCCAGGGUGAUCUAUCAACGACUGCAGUUAAACAGUAGUCUUCCUCCGGAUCAGAGAGCGAUUUGGCUGGUGGUGAUGGAUGCCACACUGCAAGCGGAUGACGAGAACAGCUCCAGCCUCCCAAAGACAGUGCCAGUCUGUGUCGUCCCAUCAUGUGUUCUCAGCGCUGAAGUCACUGAGGCCUUCAGAGAUAUGGUCCCCUGUGAUCUCUUCUUCAAGGAUGCCCUACGAGAAAGGGGUGGGAUUGUUUGUGUUGAACGUACUGUCCUCUCUCUUGAAAAGCCCCUUUUGUGUACGGCCUCCAGUGCUGACUCCAGUGAGCUGACCGGCCCGGUUAAACUAGAUGAGUUGGAUUCUACCACUCAGGUCAACUCGAUUUGUAGCGUACGAGGCACUGUGGUUGGAGUGGACGAGAGCACCGCUUUCUCCUGGCCCGUGUGUAACAGAUGUGGCAGCGGACAGCUGGGACAGAGUUCGGGAGACGGAUUGCUUUACUGUGACAAAUGCUCCCAGGUCGUAACAUCUCCUAUGCGCAGGAUGCAACUGGAAGUCUUUCUGAACUGUCCCUCGAGACCACAGUGUACAGUAAAAGUGAAGCUUCUGCAAAGGAGUAUUUCUUCACUUCUGAAAUCUCCCUCCUCCGAAGAUGGGAGUUACGAAGUGAAGAGUGUUCUGGGGAAGGAGGUGGGAUUAUUAAACUGUUACGUCCAGUCUGUCACCAACCACCCAACGAGCUGCAUUGGAUUGGAGGAAAUUGGACUUUUGCAAGAAAGAAGAAACCAAAGGGAACAUGGCCCGCUGCCAUAGCCAUCUGUGAACUUUGUAAUGGAGUUAUUUGUUAACCGGUAGAGAUAAUGUAUAUAUGACCAUGUGAGGGGCUCUCGAAAUGUAGGGUUUUUAUUAUCUGGGAGCACUGGUGAGUAAAAUAUCCGCACAGGCUGUAAAUAAGCAAAGUCUGUUUUCCGAACACUUUACAGCUUUCCAGAUUUCACUUCUCAGAUCAGCUCUACGUUUAAGAAUAUUUUAUUGGAGCUUAUUGAGCUUGCUUCCUACGGCCCCGAUGGUUUUCAAAUGUUGUGAAAAUUUGUCCAGAAAAGUUUUAAAUGUUAUUUUAGAUAGUUUUCAUGACUACUUUUUUUUCCCAUUUUAGUACUAGUUUUAAUGGUCCAGAAAAGCGCACUGCAAAGCGCUCAGGUUUCAUAGGCAUCACAGAUUGUGCUACAAUAAAAUAUCCAAAGGUUCAGAUGC